UCUACCAGAAACCGGUCCAAAUCGUUCCCCUUUCUAAGCGGUGCAGUGUGAGUUUGUGUUGCCAGAGUGCAUGCUACCGGGACAUCAUUCGGAACAGAUACCAUUCUUGAGGCUGCUACUGCUGCUCUGUGAGACCUGCUCUGUUUUAGUUCACCGACACCUAGGACCUCUCCGGUGUGAUCUACGCGACGCCGUCUCGUCAUGUCGCUAUUGAACGGUACCAGCUUUGCAGAAGGCGCCAUGUUGCAGCCGAUGGCACGCAUUGCCGCUGACAUGCCAAAACUGCUCGGAUGGAAUCUACCGGCUGAGGAGCAACACCUGGUGCACGAUCACUGGCGUGGGUUUCCGGCACCACCCUACUAUAUGCACCUGAUGCUGGCCAUGAUCUACUUCGUGCUCAUGAACACCUCCAUCAUCGGGAAUGGGAUCGUACUGUGGAUCUUCGGCACCUCAAAGUCACUGCGGAAUGGCUCGAACAUGUUCAUCAUCAAUCUGGCCGUGUUCGAUCUGCUGAUGAUGUGCGAGAUGCCAAUGUUCUUGGUGAACUCGUUCUCGGAGCGUUUAGUUGGGUAUGGUGCCGGAUGCUCGGUUUAUGCCGCUCUCGGCAGUUUGUCCGGUAUUGGUGGUGCUGUUUCGAAUGCGGUGAUCGCGUUCGAUCGCUAUCGUACCAUUUCGAACCCACUCGAGGGUCGGUUGAGUCGCGUACAGGCGGGUCUACUGAUCGCACUCACAUGGUUGUGGACGAUGCCGUUUACAUUGCUGCCGUUGUUCGAGAUUUGGGGUCGGUACAUUCCCGAGGGUUACCUGACGACGUGUUCAUUCGAUUAUCUAACCGACGAUCAGGAUACGCGCGUCUUCGUUGGGUGUAUCUUCGCUUGGGCGUACGUCAUUCCGAUGCUGUUCAUUUGCUACUUCUAUGGGCGGUUGUUCUCGCACGUGCGCCAGCAUGAACGUAUGUUGAAGCAUCAGGCGCGUAAGAUGAACGUCGAGUCGUUGACGGCGAAUCGCAGUGAACGAGCUCAAGCAGUUGAGAUGCGCAUUGCAAAGGCCGCUUUUACGAUCUUCUUCUUGUUCGUGUGUGCCUGGACACCGUACGCGAUCGUCACCAUGAUCGGUGCCUUUGGUGAUAGGACUAUGCUGACUCCGCUCGUCACGAUGAUACCCGCCGUUUGCUGCAAGAUCGUGUCCUGUCUAGACCCGUGGGUGUACGCCAUCAGCCAUCCAAAGUACCGCCAGGAGCUGGAACGUCGUUUGCCCUGGAUGGGUAUCAAAGAGCCAGAGGAUGGCGUGAGCUUGGCUGAGAGUAAGCAAACCGCGAUCGUCGAGCAGGUGCCAGCGACUGGUGGUGAUGGUGGUGCCGUUGCCAGCUAAACAAACACUCACUCUGGACACGUCCCUGAAAAAGGACGACCUCUAUGACCGACCGACUGCUGAAGUUUGAAGGAUGACGCUUUCCGGUACAGUACACUCGCUAGUUUGUAAGUCUCCCGUUGCUCGUGGGCCUAACCCGUCCUUGGGCGCAUGCAAAUGAACGAAAAAAAAACGCCCUUUACGCCCGGCCGUUUCCGGACGGUGGUGGUGUUUUGGGCGCGAAAAAACAAAUAAAC